GGGCUGGGUGCCCGGGGCUCGUGGCGCGGCCGUCACCGCCGCUGCGAGGCCGGCAGCAGCAGCGGGGCCAGCGGCGGCGGAGGAGGAUGCUGACCAGGCUGGCCGGUGGCACAGCCAGCAGUGCGUGCGGGGUCGUUCAGGAUGUCAUCUCCAAGCCGGCCGGCUUUGGGACCGCCGACUAGUGUACAUCACCCCGCAGUAGCGCGGGCCAUAACGCCGCCACCGGACGGCGUGCACGGAGGGCCGCCGGGGUCCGCCGCCCCCGCAGGGUCGGACCUGGUCCGCAGGCAGCUCUGGCGGGACGACGUGCCCCGGGGCUGGGCGUGGGCGCCCGCCGCGGCCCCGGCCCUGCCCCAGCGCCAGUGGCAGCAGCCGGCGGCCUUCGGCACGGCGUCCCCGAGGGGCAUCGGCGCGCCUGCCGGGCAGGGGGCACGGACGUGGACGCCAACGCGACGAGAUGGGAGCGUGUUCAUUCUGCAGCCGCAGCCACGGG